AUGUCGGACAUGAAAGUCGUCUACACUAAGGAUGCUGCUUUCCCAGCAGGACCAUACUCCCAAGCUAUCGCAACCCCCUCUACCAUCUACUGUUCUGGCCAAAUCCCUUGCGACCCCUCCGGCACGAUCCUCACCCUCGCUGACUCGACCAUCACACAAAUGACCGAGCGCUGCAUCCAGAACCUGUCAGCAGUCCUCAAGGAAGCCGGAUCCGAUAUCUCGAAGGUGGUCAAGGUUAACGUCUUCCUGACAACUAUGGACAACUUCGCUGAGAUGAACGCCACGUACGAGAAGUUCUUCACGCACAAGCCUGCGAGAAGCUGUGUUGCUGUUUACCAACUGCCAAAGGGGGUCCCAGUCGAGAUUGAGUGCAUUGCUUUGGCAUGA